AUGCUGUUGGCAGUGCUCCUGUUCCUGCUCCUGCCACCCCUCACCCUCUCCCACGAGGUGUCCUGGACGUACCAAGAAGGAGAGCUGGAUGAAGAGCACUGGGGACAGCACUUCCCAGCCUGUGCUGGCAAGCAGCAGUCCCCGAUUGACAUCCAGAGGAGGAAGGUGAGGUACAACCCCCUGCUGCAGCUGGAGCUCGCUGGCUACGAAGGGCCCCUGCAGGGCCACUUCAGGAUGACCAACAAUGGCCACUCUGUCCAGAUCGAUUUGCCCUCCAGCAUGAGGAUCUCCCGAGGGCUGCCAGGCCUGUACAGAGCAGUGCAGAUGCACCUGCACUGGGGUGGGCUGGAGCUGGAGAGCAGUGGCUCGGAGCACACCAUCGAUGGCAUGCGUUACUUCGCCGAGCUGCACAUUGUCCACUACAACUCUAACUACUCCAGCUUUGAAGAAGCCAAAGACAAGCCCCAGGGGCUGGCUGUGCUGGCCUUCCUGUACACGGAUGGGCACUUUGAGAACACCUACUACAGCGAAUUCAUUUCCAAACUGGCAAGGAUCAGGUUUGCAGGUCAAUCAACAACGCUCAGUUCUCUGGACGUCCAAGCCAUGCUGCCAGAAAACCUCUCGCACUUCUACAGGUACCAGGGCUCCCUGACCACGCCCCCGUGCUCCGAGAGCGUCAUCUGGACCAUUUUCCACUCGCCCGUUGUGCUGUCGCACACCCAGAUCCAGCUCCUGGAGAACACCCUGCUGGACCGGCACAACCGCACGCUGCGCAAUGAUUACCGGCACACGCAGCCGCUGCAGGGCCGCGUGGUCGAGGCUUCCUUCAGAGCCCAGCGUGCCCAGGCACAGUGCCCUCCAGAGGAAUUCACCCUCAGGCUGGACCAAAUCCACAUGCAGCUCCAGGACCUGAAGACAGAGCUGCUGAAUGGACUGAGCCACACAGGUACAAAACCCAGCACCUUUCCAGCUUUCUACUUCCCUGUGGAGAACAUUGAGAGCUUUGUGGAGGUCCAUCCCCUCUGUGCUGUGUCUCUCCAAGCCUUCACCCUGUGUUUCUGGAGCAGAGCCCAGCCCAUUGGCAGCCAGACCAUCCUGUCCUACUCCACUGGGGAGAGCGACCACGAGCUGGUGGUGACAGUGGGCACAGAGCUGGGGCUGUGGGUCGGAGGACACUUCCUGAGCUUCCCCCUGCAGCACGAGGCUGGGGGCUGGCUGCACCACUGUGUCACCUGGGGCUCCCAGGAGGGCACAGCCAACCUGUGGCUCAACGGGGCAGCUGGCAAAGCAAAGAGCAUCCAGCAGGGGUACGUGAGCCAGGCUGGGGGGACGCUGGUCCUUGGUAAGGACAGGGAUGCUCUGCUUGGCACCUUCUCCAAUGGCUUUGCAGGGUGGAUGAGCCAGGUGAACCUGUGGAGCCGAGUGCUCAGCUCUGCAGAGAUUCGGGCUCUGGCUCUGUGCAGAGAGGGGCAGCCCACGGGGGAUGUCAUAGCCUGGGGACAAACCCCCAUGGCCCUGCUUGGGGGGGUGCUCCUGCAGCCUGACACCAGCUGCCACUGAGCACAGGCUGCUGCUCUGGGGGCAUCAGGGGAAUCCCAACUCUUUGUUGGGAAAGCUGAGAAAAACUCAGGUUGUGUGCUUGUUCCUCCUCCUGCUCGGCUCACUGUGCACCCCCUGGUGCUCCAGGAGACCAAAACCUCCAUCAGUGAGAUAAGAGCAGAGAACUGCAGGAUCUGCA